AAAAUUUUGAGUUUCCCCUUGCAGCUUCAACCAAUGUAAACCAAUCGCCUUCUGGCUAAGGUUUAUAUGGUAUCCGGUAUUCCCAGCCGAUCCCAGCAAGGCCUAUGUACAGUGCACCAAAAGACCGCCACUCCCACACAUGGCCAGCACCCACUUGUGCCACCAGAUUUCCCGGCCACCCCAAGGCCGGACCGUCUGUUUCCGCCGACUUACCACCGCCAAACCCUCCGGAAUUUCUCUCCCGCCACCCAAAUAUGUCGGAAAUAACAGAAGCCUAGCCGUUAGAACACAGACACAUUUGAAGUGGGCACUUAGACUAAGCAUAGUAGAUCAAAGCCAGCCAACAUCAACGAUUGACAUGAAACAGUUGGUGAAUUUCUUGUACGAUGAUCUCCCUCAUCUCUUUGACGACCAAGGAAUUGAUCGAACGGCGUAUGACGAUCAGGUGAAGUUCCGGGACCCAAUCACUAAGCAUGACAGCAUUGGUGGGUAUCUCUUCAACAUAGGCCUCUUGAAGAAUCUCUUUCGGCCACAUUUUCAGUUGCAUUGGGUGAAACAGACAGGGCCCUAUGAAAUAACUACAAGGUGGACUAUGGUAAUGAGUUUCAUUCUUCUGCCAUGGAAACCAGAAUUGGUGUUCACAGGAACCUCUAUUAUGGGUGUCAACCCAGCCACUGGAAAGUUUUGCAGCCAUUUGGACUUUUGGGAUUCUCUACAGAAAAAUGACUAUUUUUCUCUAGAAGGAUUAUUGGAUGUAAUAAAGCAGUUGCGGAUUUACAAGACUCCAGACCUAGAAACACCCAAAUAUCAGAUACUGAAAAGGACUGCAGAUUAUGAGGUAAGAAAGUACAGCCCAUUUAUAGUUGUGGAAACUGAUGGAGACAAGUUGUCAGGAUCAACUGGCUUUAAUGAUGUUGCUGGAUAUAUUUUUGGAAAGAACUCAACAAUGGAAAAGAUUCCAAUGACCACCCCUGUCUUCACUCAAGCAUUUGAUGCUGACAAGUCCAAAGUAUCCAUCCAAAUAGUUCUUCCUCUAGAGAAAGAGAUGAGCAGUCUACCAGAUCCCAACCAAGAAGCCAUUAGCUUGAGGAAGGUGGAAGGAGGCAUUGCUGCAGUGUCAAAGUUCAGUGGAAAACCUAUGGACGAUAUCGUUCAAGAGAAAGAGAAAACACUCCGCUCUAAUCUUAUUAGAGAUGGUCUUAAACCUAAAAUGGGUUGUUUGCUUGCUCGCUACAACGAUCCAGGCCGAACAUGGAGUUCUAUAAUGGUAUGUUAUAUGAUUCUCAAUUAUCCCAAUGCCUUCCACUGUUUCUCUAACUUGGUGUUUUUUUCCUUUCUUUUUCCCCUCAGGAUAUAUGGUCAACCCUUUAGCUAAUAUAGACACAGACAUAGAACAAAGAAGCAAAACUACCUGCAAAACUAGGUUUCUACAGAUUGCAACCUUGGUUUGAGAUUAGCCAUUAAAGCUAGAUUAACUUGGAACCAUGUUUGAAUAGAACUUUAAAUUAGAAAACCUUGUGCAAUCCUUUUCUUUGAUAAAAAGACAUGGGUGAAGAAAAAAAACUUUGGGAACAAUGAGUGGGGUUGUAGCAGCGAAAUUCUAGCUCUUCCUCUUUUUCCUUCACCUCUUGGUAACCAAACAGAGUAGUAAGAAAAUCCUUUUUAAAAAAGCAAAGGUUGUGGUCAUUCAGACUAGACUCCUUAUGUGACAAAAUUUGAUUUGGCUAUGUCUCAGUCUCAUAUGGUGGUUCAUAUAUCAGUAUCACUAAGGGCAUGUUUGAUAUGUGGGAUCCUUGAAGAUGAAUGAAUUUAAUGAUUCCAAUUCUUCUAUUUGGA